AUGUUCCACAAGUCUUGGGUUUUUACAGUUCUGUUAGUGGCUAUUGCUACUUCUUCUACUAUAUUGUCGCCGUUUUCAAAGGCCUUGGAGACAUUGAAGUCGAGCAAUGGAGUUAAGUCAUAUUUAAAGAGUGAGGAAGAGCAUUUUUGCGGUUUUUAUUCUACGGGUUGCACCACCUCCGGAUUUGUUUCUUCUAUGGGUAAUGUUACCCUUUAUGGCACUCCUAGCUCUGAUCCGGUUGCCAUGGAUUUGGUUCUGGAUACGUUCGUUGGAGAUGCGUGCAUUGACGACACUGAGGUUCUUGCUUUUAUUCUGCAUACCUCCCUCGUUGCCUCCAAUGAUGUGAAAAAGCAGUAUGUGGCCACCUUGAACAAGGUGUCUGUGAAGAUAUCGAUUAUGAUGGAGAAGGGCCUCAAGUGCGACCAGCCUAUUGAGGCUGGAAAGAUCUACGAUGUUGAAUCGCUCCAGUGCACGGACAGCGAAGGCAAGGACCCGUUCGCUGACGCCAAGGCCGUGAUCGGCCAGUCCAUGACGAUGUCCGCCACCUUUGCGUCGAACUCUCUGACGCUGGCGAUGGAGGACUGGAACCUUCAGGCUGCCUACCAGGAUGCCACGGGCUGCUCGUCGCUGCCCUUCUGGCUGCAGGCGUCGAACACGACGUCCACGCCGUCUCCUGCUCCCACCACGCUGGCUCCUUCCGCGGAGCCCACGACCUUGGCCCCCACCGCGGAGCCCACCACCAUCGCUCCGUCUACCGAGCCUACGACCUUGGCUCCUACCACCGAGGCUCCUUCUACUACCGUCCCUACCACGCCUACUCCCACGACCCCGACUCCUACUACCCCUACUCCUACCACUCCCACGCCCACGACGCCCACUCCUACCACCCCGACUCCCACUUCGCCCGUGCCCACGACCCCGGUCCCCACCGAGGCUCCCACCACGCCGACGCCCACCGAGGCCCCCACCACGCCCGUGCCCACGCCCGGAGAUAACAAGAUGAUGAUGUACGCUCUGAUCGGAGGCGGCGCGCUGCUGGUGGUCAUCCUUCUCAUCGUGUGCUGCUGCUGCUGCUGCAAGAACAAGAAGAAGGACAACACCUACUCCCGAGUGCGUAGAGCCAAGGUGAAGGCGAACGAGAACACGCCGCUUGUGAAUAAGAGAAAGAACACUUUGUAAAGAUGUGAU